UACUGAAGAAAAAUAAGACGGAGCUCCAGGCCGUGCUGCUGUGCGGAACCUUUGAAGGGGAAGGAUUUACCAGGAGGACGCUCACGCAACGAUGGCAGACGUACCAGAAAACGCUCCGGAACACUGCCCAGGCACCUCAAGUGAGCAAGCUGGAAAGUCAGCGUCAUGUCAGGGCUGCCCCAACCAGCAACUGUGUGCCUCUGGAGCUACCAAAGCCCCUGAUCCUGCUAUUGCAGAAAUAGGGGAGAAACUGUCAGUGGUCAAACACAAGAUCCUGGUGUUGUCGGGAAAAGGAGGAGUUGGGAAGAGCACCUUCAGUGCUCACCUGGCCCACGCCCUGGCAAGUGACAGCACCAAGGAGGUUGCGCUGCUGGAUGUGGAUAUCUGUGGGCCAUCCAUUCCCAGGAUCAUGGGCCUCGAGGGAGAGCAGGUUCAUCAGAGUGGCUCUGGCUGGUCUCCUGUGUAUGUGGAUGACAACCUGGCAGUUAUGUCUAUUGGCUUCCUUCUCAGUAGUCCUGAUGAUGCGGUGAUCUGGAGAGGACCCAAGAAAAAUGGAAUGAUCAAGCAGUUUUUACGGGACGUCGACUGGGGAGAACUUGAUUACCUCGUCAUAGACACUCCACCCGGCACGUCUGAUGAACACUUGUCAAUUGUUCAGUACCUCGGCUCCACCAAUGUAGAUGGAGCAGUCAUCAUCACCACACCACAGGAGGUGUCCUUGCAGGACGUUCGAAAGGAGAUCCGGUUCUGCCAGAAGGUUAAGCUGCCCAUCAUCGGGGUGGUGGAGAACAUGAGCGGCUUCGUGUGUCCCAAAUGCAAGAACACAUCGCAGAUUUUCGCUCCCACCACCGGCGGCGCCGAGAAAAUGUGUGCAGACCUAAAUCUACCGCUGUUAGGCAAAGUGCCCCUUGACCCGAGGAUAGGACGGAGCUGCGAUGAGGGCAAGUCUUUCCUCAACGAGGUGCCCGACUCUCCUGCAGCCGAGGUCUACCGUAGGAUUGUGCAAAGUGUCCAGGACUACUGCUCCAACAGAGCGACUGAUGUGCAAAAUGCCACCUGAUCCCUCCCCUGUUGGACCUCCAAAAUGGGGGCAGAUUAAAAGACUGUGGUAGAAACCUGGGGACGCAUGGUAAAGCUCCUGAGACCGACAUCAGAGUGCUGAGUUUUGUCAGAACUAUUCUCAGCAAAAACUUUCUUUAUUGUCAGAAACUUUGAUGCUUUUUUUAUGGAGUUGAGCUGACGUCACUGGGCUGUGCUUCCUCUCCCUAACACAGAUGUGUCAGGCAAAAGCGCUGAAUGUAACAAAUCUGACCAACGAAGCUGAAUAAAUACUAACUAAAUCUAAUUCCACUUUAUUACAAAGAGUUAAAGUUUAUCCCAAUAAGAAAAAUUUCAGAUCAAUAUGUGCAAAAUGAUCCUACUGAAAAUAUGAAUCUGUGUAAAAAAUACCACAUACUUUAAUUGAUAUUUUUCUUUGAUUAAAAUGAUGCUUUGAUAUAAUGAACUUGUUAAGUGUUUUUACAUCAGUUUAUAGAGGUAUCUCAUUCAGGUGGGCUUCUAAAGAAGAAAAGUUUCAUUGUGAAGCAAAACUUGAAGUAUUUUCAUUUUCCGGAAUUCUUAAAAAAUCUUACAAUUUCACUUUUAUUACUUAACAAGUACAAAUACACCUAGAUUUUUUUUUUUUUUCAUGCCAGGUCUUAAAUACUUUCAUUUACGUCUGAAAUGUAUAAGUUUCCUUAUUGUUUCUACAAUAUUUUAUUUCCUAGUUUAGAGAAAUGUGCUGAAAGCUUCUGUUGUAUGAUUUAUAGCCCUGGCUGAGGAAUAUGUGUGUUACUGUGUUUGUCACACUAUGAUUAACCUAAAAGACCGUGAUGCCAAGAAGCUAAUCAUUUACCCUGAGACAAUUUCAGCCUGCAAAUAUAAAAAAAAUCUUUAUUUUU